AGCCUCACAAAUCUGAAACAUAAUAUUAGAUUCAUCUCAGGCAACCAACCUGUCUCCUGUUUGAUCCACUGAAACACACCACUUUUCUUUUAAGUAAACCACCACUGUACUCCCCCCCUCCCUCCAUCCCCUUCUUUAUUCUCCCUUCCUUCCUUCUCUUCUCUUCUAGAUUCGAGAUCUCUCUCUCUCUCUCUCUCUCUCUCUCUCUUUCUUCUCUCCCCCCCAAAAAAAAAUCUUUUCUUAAACCCUAAUUUAACUCCCCAGAUCAUGCUAAUUAAGCUGCUGCUGCUGCUCCACUGCUUCAAACUUCAAUUCUGAGUGGUAAAUGAUGGCAUUGACUGGAGAGGAUAAGGAGAUAAGAAUGUCAGACUCGCUGGCCGGCUACAACCCGCUUGAGGAUUUGGAUCAGGCGGCCGUGGCGGCGGCGCAGGAUCUUCAGCACGGACACGAUAGCAAGUACGGCGGGGCAACGAAUAUUUCCCCCGCCGCCGCCGCGGGCGGCGGCGGGGUAUUUAAGUCCAAGCUGAGCACCACCGCCGGAGCGCCGAGGGCUAGGUACCGAGAAUGUCUGAAGAACCACGCGGCGAGCAUCGGAGGGAACGUAACGGACGGUUGCGGCGAGUUCAUGCCUAGCGGCGAAGAAGGUACGCUGGAAGCGCUAAAAUGCGCCGCCUGUAACUGCCACCGUAACUUCCACCGCAAAGAGCGGGCCGGAGGCGGGGACGGGAUUUUAGUGGUGCAUCCGCUUCAACUCCCCGGUGCACCGCCCAUGCCGUCCCCGUCAUCCAUCAACCACCACCACCACCGGAAUUCCCCCUGGGGUGCCCCCACCUCCCUCGCCGCCCAGCCGGUGAAAAUGGCCUUCGGCUCCGGCGGCGGCGGCGGAAGCGCCGCCACAGAUUCCUCCAGUGAAGAGCUGAAUUUCAACGCCUACCAAUCCUCCUCCGCUAUCCCUUCCCAGCCGGGACUAAUCCUCGCCAAGAAACGAUACCGAACAAAAUUCUCUCAAGAACAGAAAGACAAAAUGCUGGAAUUCGCGGAGAAAUUAGGGUGGAGAAUCCCCAGAGAAGACGACACUCAACUCCAAACAUUCUGCGCCGAGGUGGGAGUGAAGAGACAAGUGUUUAAGGUUUGGAUGCAUAACAACAAAAAUUCCGCCAAGAAGAACACUCCCCAACAAGAACAAGAUCAUCAACAACCACCUGGUAUUGCCGGAAUUUAAUCAAUUUCUUCAAUUCGCUCUUAAUUUCCUCCAUAAUCCUAUGAAUAGGUGCAAAUCAUCAUUGAUCAUUAGUUCAUGGUGGGCAGGCCAGCUUUCAUGAUAUAUAUAUAAUAUAUGUAACAUUCGUAGAAUGCAUGCAUGAGAAUUGAGAUGUUUGUUUAAUUAAUUAUGCACAAUUCUUGCCAUCUAUAUUUAAUUUCCUUGAAAUUAAACCUGCACCUUCUUACA